UGGAACUGCUCCCCGGGGAAGCGAGUGGGGGGUCCAGUGGAGUUCGGGGCACCGAGCCUCAGUUCGCUCCCGAAGCGGGAAUCCCUCAGUUGCGUGUUUCAUGCUGAAACACCGCUUUAAGUUUUCAGGUGGGGCGAGUCGGGGAAAAUUCCUUUUCUCGGGUGUGCAGGGAUGGGGAUGGACCCUCCAGCCUUGUUGCGUAAUCCCUCUUUCUCCGGGUGAACCCUGACCUUGUGAAAUGCGUGCGGCGGGGGCAAGGGCGCAGGGUAUGGCCUGGGGGUCGGUGUUUAGCAGGCAGUCCCGGGGUCCCGUUCGUGUGUGCUUAAGAUGACAGGCAGCGCUGGGUCCGAGAGAGCGGCGCUCCAUGAGUAUCCUCAUUACAGAAUCCCAGGAAUUGAGACAGGGAGGGAAACGGUAUGAACUGCUUUUCAUAAACCUGGAUGAUUUAGGAGGGAGUAAACGAAAUUAUGCAUGUAGGUGUGUGCUUUGUUAUACCUGGGAGAAUUUGAAUGGUGUGUGGUUUUUUUGUAUGGUUUAUUUAGUGCGGGUGUGUGUCUUUAUUUAAGAACCUGGCUGCCUUGGGAGCAUGGAGCAGGCUAGGCAGAGUGCUGUGAAUGGGCUGCAAGGUUUCCAUAACUCGUUCUUUUUGCAAAACGUCUGGGAAUUGCUCCUUCUUGCUCCCCAUCUAUCCUGUUAGGAUUACGCUUGGCCGCAGCAGUAAGAAGCAAAGAGAAAAGGCACACCGGUCUCUGACCCUGUCUGGUGCUCUUUUGCAAACUGAAAUGGAUUGCUGUAUGCCGUUCUCAAAUCUCGAAAACAAAUCCCUUUUAUCAGGAGAGCUCCACAGUGUAUUUGCGUGUGCCUGCAACACGCUUUCUGGUUAAUGCAGUGCCCCAAACUGCAUCCGAGUAUUAAUUACUUCCUUGAUUCGGGGUCAUGUAUUGGCCAUAUGCCUUUUGAAUGAAAUUUUCUUCAUAGUUUCACUCCUGUGUCAUACCUUUAGAUUUUCAAAUCUCUGCCUCUCCCAGUAAUGCAGGAAAUCACAUUUUGGGGUUCUCCUAUUUUGUUGGUGACCACCACGCGUUUUAUUUUCCCCCUCCUUGGUCUACGUUGAGCUAAUUGUCUAGGCACUUUCUUGUGGUUUCAGGAUUUUGUGUUGGAAAGGGAAUUGCUUUGAUGCCGAUGUUCGCAAGUGUUGGUCAGCUCGAAAAAGUGCAGCAUUUGAUAUAUGGAGUUCUUAAAUAUUUAGUUUUGAAUGACGUUCAGCCAAAAACUUAACUGAUCAGUAAACAGCAUUUGUCAGGGAGGGCAGAACUUUGGGCUGUGCUGCAUCUUACUCGCAAGUAGUAGUUGAUUUACAGUCCCGUUUGUUUUGCCUUCCCGGUAGUGCUGCACCAGCCCUCCCCAACCCGAUGUCUUCUAGAUAUGUUCAACUACAAGUCCCAUCAUUCCCAGCCAGGAUCCAGAGGGCAACCAAGUGGGGGGAGGUUGCCUUGCGACUGAGAACCAGACAUGUGACUGUUGCACAGAGAUAGCAUGUUUUCUCAGGAGACAAGCCCAUUCGGCUGCUGCUCCUGUGAUGUGGGGGCACAUUUUCUUGGCGUUACGUUGCUGUAAUAUUCCAUCUGCUUAUUUGAAGGCAGCUGAAAGAGUCCUUCCCUUUGUUACUCACGCCUCAUCUCAGUUUGUUACAUGUCAUGCAGAAGUUGGAUGAAACAGCGUUUAAUUAAGUUUACUGCGUUAAACUACCUCCACCCCAAAAUCUUUCCUCCUCAUAGGGAUGCUCGGUGCUGUAGCAGUCGUGGAAAUGGUUAUGUUGUGGUAGAGGAACCUGGCAGCAUUUUAGGAGCUGGAGAAACUUGUUUGCUGCGUGAUCUUAGGCUUCAGCUUUGCACGCCGGUGGCUUGCUGUGUUUCCAGUUACUUCAGAAAGUUUCCCUAUUACCCGUCCCAGUCGCAUGAGGUGGUGGGAGUCUGCAAGAUUACCUUGAUAAUGGCAAUAAUAAAAUGGCCAUCCAGCAAGCAGACAAAUUGCUGAAAAAGCAUAAAGAUCUCCACUGUGCAAAGGUGUUGAAGGCGAUCGGCCUGCAGAGGACCGGGAAGCAAGAGGAAGCGUUCGUUUUGGCCCAGGAAGUAGCAGCCCUGGAGCCCACGGAUGAUAACUCCUUGCAAGCGUUGACCAUCUUGUACCGGGAGAUGCAUCGGCCGGAGCUGGUCACGAAACUCUACGAGGCAGCCGUGAAGAAGGUCCCCAGCAGCGAAGAGUACCACUCCCACCUCUUCAUGGCCUAUGCACGAGUGGGCGAGUACAAGAAGAUGCAACAGGCUGGAAUGGCACUUUACAAGAUCGUCCCCAAAAACCCGUACUAUUUCUGGUCUGUGAUGAGCUUGAUCAUGCAGUCGAUAUCUGCGCAGGAUGAAAAACUCUCCAAAACCAUGUUUUUACCCCUAGCUGAAAGGAUGGUAGAAAAAAUGGUGAAGGAAGAUAAAAUCGAAGCAGAAGCUGAAGUUGAGCUUUACUACAUGAUCCUAGAACGCUUGGAGAAAUACCAGGAGGCCCUGGAUGUUGUAAGAGGAAGGCUAGGAGAGAAGUUAACCAGCGAGCUCCAGAGCAGAGAGAAUAAGUGCAUGGAGAUGUACAGAAAGCUGAGCAAGUGGCCGGAGUGCAGCGCGCUCUCGAGGAAGCUUCUCCUGAAGAACCCAGAUGACUGGCAGUUCUAUGUGAUCUACUUCGACUCCGUCUUCCAACUGGUCGACACGGCUUGGAGCCCUCCGGCCGAAGGGGAGCACUCCCUGGAGGGCGAGGUCCACCACAGCGCCGAGCAGGCCCUGGCCUUCGUCGAGCAGCGGAUCCUGCAGGAGUCCGGCAGCGCCCGCCCGCUCCGGGGACCGUUCCUGGCCCAGCUGGAGCUGAUCCGGCGCCUGCGGCAGAGGGGCUACAGCGGAGAGCAUGCUUUGGGGGAUCCGGAAGAACUGAUGUUCCAGUAUUUCAGACGGUUUGGGGAUAAACCCUGCUGCUUCACGGACCUCAAGGUGUUCAUCGACCUCCUCCCCUUGAGCCAGUACACAAAGUUCAUCAACCGGCUGCUGGGCAUCAUCCCCCUGUCUGCCCCCACAGACGGCCGCCCUGCCCUGCCCGCCAGCAUCAAAGCCUUGCAGCAGCACCUGUGUGUCGUGCAGCUGACGAGGCUCCUCGGCCUCUACCACGCGAUGGACAAGCCCCAGAAGCUGGACGUCGUCCGGGACUUGAUGCUGCGGUAUCGGCAAGGGCUGGAUUUCGGAAAAUCCUGCUUGAAAACGGAGUUGCAGUUUUCGGACUACUACUGUGUGCUCGCUGUCCACCUGCUCCUGGACAUCUGGCUGGAGGCAGGUGACGAGUCGGCCGCCUGGCAGUGCUUGGCGUUGCUCGAGGAAGGGCUGGUGCACAGUCCCUCGAACGCGCAGUUCAAGCUGCUGCUCAUCCGGAUCUACUGUAUGCUCGGGGCAUUUGAGCCGGUGGCCGAGCUGUACUCCAGCCUCGACGCGAAGCACAUCCAGCACGACACCAUCGGCUACCUGCUGACACGCUACGCCGCAGCCUUCGGUCACUACGCCGCCGCAUCGCAGUCCUGCAACUUUGCACUCAGGUUUUUCCACUCCAACCAGAAAGAUACCUCAGAAUACAUUAUCCAGGCCUACAAAUACGGCGCGUUCGAGAAGAUCCCAGAAUUCAUUGCUUUCAGGAACAGACUGAACUCGUCCCUUCACUUUGCACAAGUCCGCACGGAACGGAUGCUGCUGGACCUCUUCCUUGAAGCCAACACAUCGACGAGUUUGGAAGAGAGUAUAAAGGCCAUGAGCUUAAGCCCAGAAGAAGACGACAUUCCCUGGAACGACUUGCGGGACAACCGAGACCUCGCCGUCUUAUUUAAUUGGGACCCCAAAGACAGAGGCAUUUCUGAAGAGCACCGAAAGCUCUCCUUGGAGGAAGAAACCAUCUGGCUGCAGAUUCGGUCUCUGACGCUCCGGCUGAUAAGCGGCCUGCCGACUCUCGGCCCCAGCACCCAGCCAAAGAACUCGGAGAAGAACGCGGAGAACGGCGUCUUCUCCAGGAUCGACACCAUACGGGCGCUGCUGCAGCAGCUCGGUGCAGCAGUGAAUUCUGGGAAGAGGUUCCUCGAUCAGAAGGUCCAGUACCCGGUCCUCGGCCCCCCUCCUUCGCGCAUGGCCAGCUUCUUCAGCAGUGGCAGCUGCCAGUGCCAAACCGGCCUGUUCAAUCUUGUUAGCGAAGUCCACGAACUGGAUACCAGCGGCUUAGAAGACUCGACAGCAAUUCAAGAGAGAGUAGGGAGCAGCUUGAAGUCCUUGCUGGAACAGCUCACAGAUCAGUUCAAUAAGUGCAAAGGCGACUUGUUGGAAGUGAACAAGGGCAGUGUCAAAACCCAUCCCAGCGUCCUAGAAAAUCUUGUCUUCUUUGUGGAGGCCGUCUCUGUUGCCCUGUGGGUGUGCAGUUACUCAGACUCCGUCCUGCGGCCCUGCAAGUCAAGCUUCCAGAAAAAGAAAAAGAAGAAAAAAGAAAACCUCAUAACAAUGCCUCCCAUUUUCACCAGCUUCCAGGAUUACAUUUCUGGGCUCCAGGUGCUCACUUCCAACGCGAUCGACCAUCUCAAAGGGCUUGAAAUUGCGCUGACUGCACUUAAACUUGAAGAUCUGUCCAUAGAAGACAGUUUACUGUCGCAGGAAGAAAAGAAGUUUACAAAGACUGCGUUAGGGAAAGUCCAGAGCAGUUACCAGCAUGCAAUUCAGGAAAUUGGUGAACUGCUGAAAAAGAGACUCGAUGCCAUCAAAACUCUAAAGGUUUGAGGAAACUCAUCCGGGAUGCAGGCGGCAGAGAGAGAAGCGCUGAGGCUGGAGGCGAAGCCACGUCUGACGCCCCUUCGGUGUUAAAAUCUGGAACUUCCUCCUACAUGCAUGAAGGACUUUGAUCGUAAAAUAGUUUUUUUAUGUAUUAAAAGAUAUAUUCAAGCUGA